AUGACCCAGAAUCUCGAAGAGCGAAGUCUCCCGGAGCCCUGCUGUCGACGACGCACUUCCUCCAUGACAUGGCAGCCCUGGAAGUCGCCGCACGGAUCUUCGGAGCCGAGAAGUCCAAACACGAUGAACUCUAUCUCCCCUUGCUCAACAUCACCGCCCAGUCAAAUGAAGUUGCCGAGUACGCCAGUACACCUGCAGCAGACAAUGGCACACCUUCUCCGCUCCAGCCAGGAUUUCCUCGUCAGCUCGCUCUCCUCCUCCUCUUCCUCGAAUCUUUCAGUGGAUCCAGAUCACUGCUGGCCUAAUAGUGACGUGCAGAAGGAACCCACUGACCUCUCCUUGAAGGGGUCCAGGAAUCCACCACCACCACCACCGCCGUCGUCACCGCCGGCACCGACCCAAUUCCCUCCUUUCGCGUUGAUUCCUACACCGGACGUGAUGUUAACGCGUCUCAAGUCUGAGUCGACCUCAAAACAGCCACCCACGAUCACCCCCAACUUGCUUUCCCUUCCGUAUCUGGUCCCACCGGCGCUAUACCAGGCUGAUUACAGCGCGUGGCUGGCAUUUUUCGCCUCUACGCUAACAGGCAGCCCCGCCGGGUUACGGCCCCCCGCAGCAGCUUCAACCCCAUUGGCUCCAAGACGCGUCAGCGGAUCGCCAUCUACCUCCGUGACCCUGACAGCUGGAAGUGGAGAGUACCAGACCCCGCCGAGAUACCAGCCUCCAAAGAGCAGACUCCUCACCGAUCCAGCUGCCAGCCCGGGUGAAGCGGCAGGCGGGGGACCCUGCCAGGACUUCGCUUCUUGGCCCCCGCUGGUGCCAGGGUCCCCCUGCGUCUCCCCAGCGCCGCACGCAUGCCGGCUCUGCGACAAGGUCUACAGCCAACCCUCGGCGCUCAAGAUGCAUGUACGCACGCACACGCUGCCCUGCCAGUGUACCUACUGUGGCAAGUCCUUUUCGCGUAAAUGGCUCCUCAAGGGUCACGAACGAACACACACGGGUGAACGACCCUACCAGUGCGCCACAUGUCACCGCUGCUUCGCGGACCGGUCCAACCUGCGGGCCCACAUGCAGACGCAUCAGAGCGACAAGCGCUACAAGUGCCCCGCCUGUCCCCGCUCCUUUUCCCGCAUGGGACUCCUGUACAAACAUUACAGCCAAUCAGCGGCCUGCGGGGCCGCUAUCGCCAGGCCGUCUGCGGUCUCCCAGGCCGGGUGA